AUGUCAGCAAAACAAUAUCCCGGCCCGGUCGAACAGGCAAAACUGCAGUUAGUCAUACUUGGAGUUUUUGGAAUCAAACCGUUCUUUAAUUGUCAAAACACCUCCGUUGACGGAAGAUUGGAGAGGACUCAAUGGUGCGUGGUACAACCGAUACUUGCAAACAUCAAAAAGGUUAAACUUACCACCAACGGUGCUAGUCGCAGAAGAGUUGUGGGGGAGAAUGUUGGUGAUGAAAUAGUGGACGAAUGCCAACAAUCAUCAAAAAGACUCAAGGAGGAUGAACAAGGACAAUGUAACGGAACUUUAAACAUUGAAUCAAAAAAGAGAAAAUCUACCGAAAUUGAUGAGUCAGAUUCUACUAGAUUCGAUAAGUCAGACGCUACAAAAAUUGAUGAGUUAAAUGCAACCAAUGCUACUAAAAACAUUGAAAAUAUUUGCGAUAUCACUGAUGACUGGGAAGUGUUAGAACCACCAGUUGAAAGAUGCUUGCACUCAAUUGCAAGAUUGGAUAAGAAAGGAUUAAAGAAGGUGGCCAAAACUGUAAUACAUCAUGGUGUUUGUGGAGCUAAACAUGAUCUUGCAAAAGACCUUACAUGGGGGCGAGAAUUCUUGCUGUGUGAAAGAGCAGGUUCAAAAAUUGAAAACGGUAGAAAAAUUCUCGAUAACACUCUCAAAGUACAGAAAACAUUGCAAGAUAUGCAUCAGGUGUUAUUAGAAACCUUGUCUAACGCAGGUGGUGGAGGUGUUCCUGUCAAAGUCAUUCAAGCUUUUCGGAAACUGCUUCUGCCUGGAUUUAUCUCAUCUCGAUUUUUUAUUCGGAUUUUGUUAAAUGUGUACAUUGGUGGCAAAUACCAUGGAUCUAUCAUGCUAGCAGAAUUUGAUGUACCCACUCAAUUUGAUGAAAUGAGCAAGAUUGUAACAAUAGCAAGGAUGAUGUUGAAUGUUAAGAAUAUUUUCAAGCAAACCAUAAAAACCUUCACUUUGAUGGAGGAAGCUUCCAAGAAGAAGAAACACUCUGUAGAAAACGUGUUGGUGCCAUCGAGAAUCAAAGAGCAUGUGACUCCUAAGAAGAAACAAAAAACUUCUAAAACUAAGAUCAAUAGGAGGCUUCUGGCUG